CUACUGUACUAGCUAUCCCUGUCGGGAAUUACUACGUACUAAACAAUUAAAUCAAAUCCUACUGUCGUAGCUCAAUGACUUAAUUAUUUAGCCUGAAGAUCGAUAUCCCAAUCAAGACCGCAUAGCACCUUAUUUAAUCCACUGUCGCUUUGAUAAGUUACUAUGUCACAUGAAAUAGGUUCAGUUAUGAGGGUUUCACUAUCGGUAAUAACCUAAUUAACAACAAAUCAAUGUAUUGGUGGCCAGUCAACACAAAGCAUUAAGUAAUUUCAUGCAAUAGAGAUUGGAAGAAAAGAAAUACGAAUCAAUCCAUCAAGUCAAGAAAUAACUACAUCCUAUGGUGUUUCCCCCAGAAAUUGGGGUUUAGUUCAUGAUGAAACUAAAACACAUAAUCAUGUUCUUGUUCAUCAUAAUGCUAGUACUGAAAAGGAGAGAAAAUACUGAUACGAAUAGAAGCACAAAAUCUGAUUCUCUCUUCCGAUUCGCGGUACUAGUGAUAUGCUCCAAUCGUUGCGCUCCUCCUCGUCGUUCGCUGCAGCUGUUCCAAAUACCCAAAGAAAUUCCGUGCGCCGCCAGCUGCUUCUUUUUUCCAAAGAAAAUCGUUUUCCCCGCUGCACUGCGCCCUACCUUUUUUCCUCCCACUAGAAUUCCCUGUGCUCCUGCUUUUUAAUUCCUUCCGCCCAUUAAUUCCCCAGCUAAAGGACAAGGGAGAUGGGCCACUUCUUUUGGCCGCCAGCUCCUCCAAGUAAUAGGCCCGGCCCAAAGAAAUCCAUGUCAAGGGACUCCGGCCAUAAUUUUGCAGCCCAGUCGAGUCACUUCCGGCCCGCUGCUGCUCCUAGCCCAAGUGAAUAUUCCACCAGUGAUUCGAGCCCGAUUGAUUGCUUGUGCAAUUUCUUCUUUUUCGUGCUUUCUCCACCUGUAACAUACCAAACUCAUGGCACUAGGCAGUAAUGUUUUUUCAACAAUUCCCGGGUUAGCGAGCCCUAAAAUAGCACCAAUUGGCUUAAAUAUAUCAUGGGAUAGUCACAUAAGUUCAAGAAUCCGAUAUAUUAAAGCCGAUUAUCACACCACUCGCGAAGGCGUUGGUUACAGGAAGGAUGAACAUGGCACUAUUACCAUCAACACAACGCGAAGGCUUAGAAAAGAUGAGUCAUUUGUUCUGGCUAGUCAAGCAAUUCAAGUUUAUUAUGUGCAAUCUUUGAGAGAUCCAAAUUGGAAAAUUGUGGUUAAAACGUGACCUAGAAAUUUGUUCGCGAUGCUAUCUAAUAAGGAAGGAGAAGGAGCAUUAGACGAAGCCUAUCAAGAAGACAAUAUUUUAAUUGAUGAUCCUAGGGUACUCCAAACUGAGGGAGAUGAUCUCUUAAACUGGACUAGAGUAGGGUUCGACGAUUAAGUAUGACUAAUUUGAUCUUUGUAGAUGGAGAUAUAUAUUAUAUAAUUUCUAUUUUUCAUAGAACAGUGCUUAUUAUGUGUUUUUUUAUUGAUUCAAUAAUCAUUUCUAAAACAUGUCAUUCUUGUCCGAUUUUCAUUUAUGAAAAAACGUAUACGGUAAUUUAUUUUGUAAGAAAGGUUUCACUUUUGUAACCAAAUGGUUAAAAAGAAUUGUCUAUGGCGUACAAAAUGUAUUUGGUCUGACCAUUUACUGCAGACGACAUUUUAUGGCGUCAAAAAUGUUAUUUUUCCUGACCAAACUAUGGUGACGAAAUUUUUCCUGACCAAAUAGUACUGACGAAAUGCUUAUGGUGUCAAAAAUGUGUUUUACUGACCAAACAGUAUUGGCAAAAUUUUUAUGAUAUCAGAAAAGUUGUUUUCCUGACCAAAUAGUAUUGACGAAAUUUUACUGUUGUCAAAAAAGAUUUUUUCCUGACCAAAUAGUACUGAGGAAGUGUUUAUGGCGUAAUAAAUGGGUUUUUUCUGACCAAUUAGUACUGACAACUUUUAGUGUUGUCAAAAAUAAUUUUUUCUGACCAAUUACUUCUGACGAAAAAAUUAUUUCAUCAAAAGUAAUAAUUUAAUGUUGAUGAUCGCUAUUUUGUCGUCAAUAAUAAGUAUAUUUUCCGGCGACAUUUUUUUGUUGGUUAGUAAUGAUGAUUAUUUCUAACGCGCAAUAUGAAGUCGUCAAAAAUAAUGCGCGUGAAAAAUGGAAAUCAGACCAAAAAACAUUUUACUAACGAAAAAAAAACAAUUUUUGACCAAAAAAAUCCACCUCUGUCAGUAAUAAUUUCAUUAGUACAUACGGAAAUUGUUUGUCAUCGGAAUUAUUGAUCUUUUUCGACGCAUAUUGUGAGUCGUCUGUAAGUUUUCGUCACAACUGCCUGCUUUUUUUGUAGUAGGUGGCAAGGUUUGUGGCGCAGUAUUCUUCUUAGUAGAUGAAAUAUGACAAAAUUUUGGCUAAGUACGUCGCUCCGGUAGUAGUGAAUUAUUUUUGCAUGUUUAACCCAUGUGAUGCUAAUACCCACCCACAUGGGGCAAGGGGGGUCUUCAUGCUUUAUGUGUUUUUCUAAUUCCAAAACCCAAGCUAAGGAUGAGCUAUCAAGAAGAGGGGGUCAAGACUGAAGAGGGUAGCAUUCCACUAGCAGGACAUCCUCAGAGCAGUUGAGAGGGUAACCAUCGGACUCCACGUUAGUGGAGUGUGUCUCGAGGAAGUUACUUUUGGUGGCUACUAAUAUGAGUUGAAGAUGACAGAGAAGGGGGUCGCCAAAUCACACCAGACAACCCAAUAUCAAAUUUUAUCCUUUUAUUUUUCCUGUGCAAAUUUAACAUAGUUGUAGUUCUGGAGCUCUCUCAGAACCUCCAUAGGUAUUAAUUUAAUAUAGCUUUGUCUCGUAGAUCAUCAAGAACGUUGAGCACUCUUUUUGAACUUUGUUAAAAAGGAGUGGACCAUGUUUAAUAAUCGUUUAUUUAGAAGUCAAAAGAUGCAAAUCAAUUAUGCUCCACUCUAGUUUUCUCGUAGAAAAACAAUAGGAAACCCCAAUUAAGAAGCUCCGAGCUUUAGCUUCUGUAAACAAGGAUCAAAGUUGAAAACGAUGACCAACUGAUACCGGAGACCUCCAUUGUGAUAUUGACUACUGGUUUCAAUGGCGAGAAAAAGCUCCAUGACAUAUUUGGAUCGGGAAGUUUUCAGUGUAUCAUCAUCGGACCACCAAAAAUCAUCGUCCCUCCAAAAAUUCCACAGCGGGCUGUUUUAGGAUUACGUGGAGAGUUUAAAUAACUUGUUCAGGUAGGAGAUGAGUAGCGUGGAUUCAAUUUUUUACUAUCCAAAUCAGGAAUUCACAAAUCCAAUCCAAUUAUCAACUCAACAAAUAAUAGAGGGGGAGCUCAGAGCAGAACACCAUAGUGAAUCCUUUUUAGUGAUUACUAUGCGGGUCGUUUAAGCAGCAUGCAUAUAGCAUAUUACAGUAUUACUUGAAUGAAUCUAGCUCGUAGGCCGUAGCGUCAUUAGAAGGGAGAACAAGAAUUAAAACACUUAUUAGUAGUGGACCAUUCUAUUCAUUAUGCAAUAAGUGGGGCAACUUAAAUUAUGCACCAACUUCACGUCAGUCCAUCCAUGAUUAUAUUGAUAUGGGUGGCAAGAAUUAGGGCCCUCAAAGUCAAAUCCAUCGGCCCAUUCACUUGGCAAAGGUCAGAGGUCAGGAAAACAGGCUUGAGCUGAACUGGGGAAAAAGCCACCCCAAUAACAUUUACCCUUCGUCAUGUUUGGUAUCUUUUAUCAUUAUUGUGGGUAAGGGUGUGCAACGGUUUUAUCUGUAUCGGACUGUAUCGGUUCAAAUUGUUGUUUGUACCGGAUCAUAACAAACAGAGUAUAAUGUGAUCCGGUCUCUUUUUCCAUGAAUUCUGUAAGUAUGAAAGAAAAAUAAACCGAAUUGACUUGUGGACCAGACCAAAUCGGACCGAAACAAUGUCGCUCCUCUCCUUGAUUUUAUAAUAUCUUUCACUACUCGAUUGCAGUUCUCCUGAGUUUGCACAUUCCUGGUUUUGGACGCGCUGAUAGUACACCACCUGGGUCCCGAGUACGUACCAAAUGUUGCAAUGUUUGUAGAUAACUUGAAUUUGUAAAUCCUUUGAAUCUACAUCUAGGAAACUGCAAUCCCAAACUCGGAGAAAGAAACUGUACAAGCUCACUGAUGUAUACAUGCCGAAACCUCUAUUGUAGUAGAGUAGACAUCAUGCAUCAAUUUGGUUAGCAACAACUACGUCCAUCUAACAUUUGAGAUUACAAUAAUGGGUAAAUGUCACAUUUAGUCACUGAGAUUACAAAAUCGUGUUAUGUUUAGUCAUUAGAAAAAACUAAUAUCAAAUUUGGUCACUCAAAUUACUGAAACAUGUCACAUUUAGUCACUCUCCAACUCCAAUAGAGUUGGGCGGAGGCUAACGGAGAGUAACUUAAUGUGACAUGUUUCAUUAAUUCUAGUGACAUUCAUUAAAAAAUAAGUAAUUCAAGUGACCGGAGUUGGACGGAGGCUAACGGGAGAGUGACUAAAUGUGACCUAUUUUAGUAAUUUGAGUGACCAAAAUUGAUAUUAAUUUUUUCUAGUGACUAAACAUAACACGAUUUAGUAAUCUCAGUGACCAAAUGUAGCAUUUAUACUUACAAUUAACUGUUCUAUCCGCUAACAUAUGGCGGGCUACAAUAGUGACCGAGUCAUAUUGGGUAUGAAGGAAUGAGAUUUUGUUGGACUUAGGGGUGGGUAUUGGUUUGACCAAACCGCUCCAAAUCGCCCCAAACCGCUUAUGCGUCAAUCCAAACCGCAUCAUUAAACUAACGGUUUCAUUUGCGGUCUGAUCGUUAAGUGCUUGGCGGUUCACGGUUCGAAUUGACCAAACCGCGCGGUUGCGGUUUGAAACCACAAUCCGCUAAGAUUGAGUACGCCUCUUCUUCCGCUCAACUUCCUGAAGCCCUUCCUCCAGCUUCUUCUCCGCUAGAAGCAGCGCCACCGACAAAGCUUGGAGGGCGGCGGCGGUAGAGUCGACGCUAUCUUCUCUCCGGCAGGCGGCAGCACCAGAUCUGACCAUUCUCUCGUUCCGCCAUCUUCUCUCCACGGCGCCAUCUUCCCCAGCUUUGGCGGACUGUCAAAUACACCAAGAGGCGGGAGACUCCGGGGCUUUGGCCGGCUGUCAAAAACACCAGUACCGGCGAGAUCAGGUAUGCUUUUCUCCUUUGGUUCUAUAUUUGAAUAGUGUGAUUUCUUCGAAACCCAUAUAGUCAUGGUUUUCGUUCCCAAUUCGUUGGAGAAAGAAGCCCUCUCCAGCUCCAGGGUCGCACUCAAUUCUGAAUCUCACUGUUGUUCUUGGGUCGAAGGGUUCUUACGACACCUAAUCAACCCUCGAUUCCUCCUGGGUCACAUUGUCUUUUCUCGUCUGCAACUUUACUGUUCUGGGUUUCAUCCAUUUGCGCCUGGUUAUGUUGAUAUCAGGAUGAUGCUAAUGGGUUCAUUAUCUCCUUCUUUUGUUGUUUUUCAGGAUCUGGGUUCCAGUCCAAGAGCAAGUAUCUGUUUGGGAAGGCAAAAUGAAAUCAAAAGGCUCGAAGGGAAAACGAGCUCAAGCACCGAUAUCUAGCAGCAAUGUGCUUAAUGUCAGUGAGGUGAGUUAUGAUCACUAGCUACCAAUCCUCUACUUUCUGAUCAUAACAACAACAAUAACAAUAAUGUACCAACAGAAAGGAAGGUUUCCAAAGCUAUAUGGAUUGGUGGUUCUCGAGAAUCAGAAGAAGAACCAAAAUGAUACCCUCUUCUUAUUUUUUCCUUUUAAUGUUGUUGUUUAUUGAAGCAAGGGGUGGUGGUGCCUGGUCAGAAAGCAGGUAGCUAGGGAAUCAAUCUACAGGGAAGGACAACAGGCUGGGUGAAACCAACAUGACACCAGAAUUGUCUAAGGCAAACCACUGAUCCAGAGCUGGUUGCCUGUGACUGUUACUGGGGAAGGGAGGGCAGUAGGUCCCAAAAUGGAAGGGAUUACCCUUCCUAAUCAGCCCACCCCACUACAACCCCAAGUGGUAUAUACAUAUUUAAUUGUUUAUGCUAACGGGAAUAGCAAGAGUCAAAUGAGCUUAUGUGUACUGGUGUCUGUGGUUAGUGGGAAACAAAAACAAGUUGUUUGGAGGCUUUAACAGUUAAGAUUCCCACUAACAGCUACAUAUGAGCUUGAUCACCUCACGUGAAGAGCCCACCACUCCCUCCAGCUGACAUUAAUGGAAGGAAUGUGAUGUCAUUCUGCAGCUGCCAAUCCUCUACUUUUAAUCACUGCUUAAUGAUUGGGUUUUCAUUUUAAUGAGAAGUACAACUAAUUUAUACUUAGACGAGGCUUUGCUUCAGUGUUUGCUGCAGAGCUAUACAUACUUGAAAUAGUGCUCUAGACAGGCUGUGGCAGAAGAAGGCUAUGCCAGAAGAAGGCUGUUUGAAAACCGUUAUCUGUUUGAAAGCCAUGUUGGAUCGUUGAUGUUGACUUUUUCACAAGCAGAAUGUUUGAUUCAAAUUGUAGUGUUGAUGGAUAUAUAGUUGAAGUAUCUGAGUUGUUGCCUUCGGUUUCACAGAACUAUGUGUGCUUGAUCUUCAAACUGGAAUGUUUGAUGAGGUGGUCUUUCGUGAUGAAUUUUGUUUUAGUUGAUGGGAUAUAUAGUUGCAGCAGCAUUUCUAACUACAUGUUUUUGCGUGCUUUAGCACUAAUCAUUCCAUUAAUAGUCCCUUUCAUACUUUCACGCUUUGUCAUGCCUUAAUCCAUUGAUCAUUAACUUUCGUAAAAAGGUCAAAUAAUGAUAGCAGUCUGUGGAACUUAUUUCCCUAUGAACUAGUAGGAAGUGUUGGUCUUUCGUAAUGAGAUGUUAAUGGAGAGCUACUCUGUGGAACUUAGUUUCAGUUGGGUGGGUUUGAGUUUGACCUCUUUGCCGUCAUCUCUCUAUGUGGCUGGUUGCGUCCUGAUUUGGCUUAUUUCAGAGGAAAAAAGGCCAAAUAAUUCAGCAGUAACAGAAACAAGUUCAAACAGAAGAAGAAGAUGAUGAUGAGGGAGAGGGAGAGAGAGAUGUAUCAUGUUCCCAUGCCUCCUAACGAUCCGUCUGCUACUGCUCAUCCCGGCGCCAGCGGCGAUGACGUUGAUGACUAGGACAAUUGAGUAAUUUUUAUUUAAUUAUGUACAAACCAUAAUGAAUUGCGGUCUAGAUGCGGUGCGGUUUAAACCGUAUCAAACCGUUAAUUUAUGCGGUUUGAUUUGACCGCACCGAUAACUUAGAGGUCGAAAUACGGUGCGGCUCGAUUAAGAUGCGGUGCGGUGCGGUUUAUAUCAAUGCGGUGCGAUGCGGUCCGAAUCGCACCGAUACCCACCCCUAGUUGGACUUGUACAUAUUGCUGCCUGUGGAGUUCGGCAUAGAUACAUAUAAGGGACACUUGGGGCAUGUGAAGUUGUGGAUGGUGGCGGCCGGCGGGCCGUGACUCUAUGGUUGUUUGGUUUUGAUGAUAGUUUGAUUGUGAUAGUUACAACUUACAAUGCAUGUAAUGUUCAUAAUCUAUGGUUUUUUAAAUUUUCUGAACAAACAAUACAUGUAUUAUUUGCUU